GUUUCCUUUACGUUACAUGUUUUCUUGGUUUGAAGGAUUAUAACGAUGAUGGUAGUUCAAGUUUUUAUGAGUGGUGAAUUCUUUCAGCGCGACUAUUAAACUCUUCUCCUUUGUUUAUAUUCUUUUGUUUACAAAUUUUAUGCUUUGUUCCACCCCGCUUAGCUUAUGACACUUUCGCGCAGUAAAAAAUUUCGCUUUACUAAACAGAAACACAAGGUAACACUGAAAUACAUUUAUCCACCAUGGAGAAAAUGACGCAGGUCAUGGUUCAAAACAAAGCGGCUUCUAUAAAAGCAGACGUGAAGAAAAAUAUGACAAGUAUACUGGGGGAAAAUGAAGAGGAGAAAGAAAUAAAAGAGAACAGGAAAAGACAGGAUUCUGUCAAAGAAAUGGAAGAGCAGAGAGAAAAAGCGAAACAAGAAAGAGAUGAAGAACACAGAAAGAAAAAUGAAGAACGUGAGAAAUUACGAAGUAACAUACGUGAUAAAUAUAAACUGAAAGGUAGCAAACAUUAUGAUGGACAAUAUCACCACACUUCUGCAACGGACUCUAAAUUUGCGGAAAAUACUGAAAAUUUGCAAUCAAAAAAGAAAGAUUCCUGUUGCGUUCAAUAAGUUUAGAACAUGAUGCGCCAAUGUGAAUGGGAAUACCUGAAUCGUCAAAUCGUUGCUUUUUGGAGCAUUUAUAGUUAAAGAGAAGUAAACUUUAAAGUCAAACGUAGCAGGACAUCAUUUGGUUUGUUGAUGUUCGUUCAAAUAGGCUUUACAAUCAGUAAUAACCGCGACCAUUUUUCUUGCCCUAUCAGAAAGUAUUGACAAUACAGAACGUUUAAAUAUGAAAAUAAAGAUUAUUUUAAGUUAUUUUCGUUAACAAAAAAUGCUUACCAAAGAAUGCCCAGUUGUUCAUGUAAACAAAAUAAAAACAAUUAGAUUAUUUAUGGAACAAAUGCAUCUACCUUUUAAAUUAUUUAUUUUCCAGUCAGUUUGGAAAUGAUGCAUCAACAUAAUGUGUAUAAGUGGCUGCAUGUUGUCCAUCACAUGUUGUUUUUGUUUUUCCCACUUUGGCCAGACUAGCUACGUAUUAUUACGACGGAGCUUUUUCACGGCUCUAAAAGGCCGGGGAGAAGGUGCAGUGGCUCCUUUUUGUGUCCAACCCAGUUACGAAUUGGGUUGAUACGUUUUAACGAUUUGAGUAAAGAUGAGGAAUUCUGAUUUCUUAGACAUUCCACAAAUCAUUGAAACAAACGUGUACCUUACAUGCGUCAUUCAGCACCCGUUCUUGAAAUACGUGUUCCAAAAGUGGUAAUUUCUUUCACAUUUCCCUUUUUUCGAUAGCGGAUUUGAAUUGGAAAAAGAGCACGAAGAUGUACAGAGUUUGAAACUUGAAGGCGACUUACGUCGAUGAUAAUUAGUUGCAUUAUUUUAAGUUUCUUCAGCGAAGUGUUUUUGAACUUUUGUCAUUUAUACGUUUGCCAUACAGA